CAGCAACUCGACAGGACGGGGGCUUCUGCCUUCUGCCGUGCCGUUAAUCGAUUGUAAACAAAGGAUUCGGGGAAUGGUUCUUUGUCAAAUUGGAUGAACAUAAAGAAGUCACUGGGGUUGAGGUCCGAGCUGUAGGGUAGCUGCAGAAUCGUUGCCACCUUGUUUAGGGCUCAAAUCUGGGUGACUGUUCUUCUGCCACGUGCCGCUACUUCUGAUUGUCCGUGAGUACUUUCGAGGGAGGAGUUGAACAUCACAUUACCCACAAUGAACAACAACGGAGAGAAUGUGUUGGCUCCAUUACCAGGAAAUCAGCCAUUGUCUCGCAACUUCACCCGAGUAUGGCGCAGCCCACCUCAACCCCACAUGUGUGUUCAGGAUACUCUAAAGGAUACUCAAAUAACGUGUUUUGUAAAUGUGAUGUCAUGGUGCAAGAUUGGAGUUCCAAUUCAACCAUCAGCACCGAUACCUCUUUAUGGAGGCGUAAGUGUGCCUUUAAGUGACAAACACUUUCGAGACGGCCAAGAAAAGCCUUUGGUAUUUGCUGUCAUGGUUAAUCCUGAAAUUCUCAAACAUAGCGGGAAGAUGGCUCCAAAUCCACAAGAUAGAGACAACUUGAUAGAUCUCAUGCUUGAUUUUGUGGAAGCUAUGAAUGUGGAUUUCAAGUUUUCAAGAAAGUUCACAGUUCUUAAAGAUCGAGAUUUAACAGGGGAGUUAAAAGAUAUUUGGGCUGUGGUACAAGCAAAAAGGGAGGCAGAAAAAAUGAAUAGCACAAACAACUUGUCUCUUCCAGAUGAAAACAGCCAACCUUGUCCCCAAGAUCUAGCCAGCCCACCACAGAAUACAAAACAUAAAAGACUCGGAGAAGGAGAUACUUUGUCAGGAAGUGAGAGUGGGGAGGGACGGGAGAGUUGAGCUUCCACGCACAAAAGGUUGUCUGUCAAUUAUAUACACAUACUAUACACGCUCAUCCACCCCCUUAUCAAUAUACACCAUUUGUACAAAACUGUUAUAUGAUUAAGGAAUCGGUCAUCGAUUUAGUUGUGUUUUAAAAUUGACAUGUGUGACAAAUUGUU